AAGGGAGGCGGGGCUGGGCUGUUGUGAUGUAACUGUCAGCUGUUGCAAGUGUUCUACCGAUUGAGCAAUGAGAUGAGCCGGCAGAGCUUGCUCUGUAUACAGUGCUGUACCUACCUCAGGCUGGGCUUCUGUCUCCUGACUUGGAUCUGCUGCAGAGGAAGGGCUAUUUUCGACCAAGUCAUAUAGAAGCCUGAUGUUUACAUAUCGCUCUGCCGGCCUCUGCUGACCGUUUCAGGUCUCACCACCCUCUUGUUUACAGCCCACUAUCUUCCGCACUUAGAAGUCCCAGCAAUCCCCAGAAGACACUCCAAUCAUGUUCCAGCGUUUAACCCGGCUCUUUUUUAGCGAUGUACCUUCCAGCAAUACCAAUGAGCCCAAGCCUAUCAUCUCUGAGGAAGAGGAUGAUGGCUGGCUCAUCAUCGAUAUCCCAGAGAGCUAUGAUUUAAACUCAAGCGGGGAUGAAGUGGCACAGGAGCAGGAGGAUGAUGCCACCCCCAGCCCACUGCCCCACUCCCUGGCUGACAGGAUUGGCUGGUCCAUCCCACCCCACCCUCCCCAGUCUAUGGACGAGAGCUGGUUCGUUACCCCUCCCCCCUGUUUCACUGCAGAGGCACCUGGGCAAGACGAGUUGGGGACAAGUCCUCUUGAAGAUCUGCUUAUUGAGCACCCCAGCAUGUCUGUCUAUAUCACCAAUGGGAGCAUCGUGGUGGAAGAGGACACCCGGGAAGCACCCAGAGACAGGUCCCCAUCUAAAACAAGAGUGGAACGACGCACCCCUCACCACGCCACCUCGAUGUCUGCCAAAGCUGCUAUCUUGGGUAAAGUAGGCCAGGCCUCCCGGAUCCAACGUGCCAAGGCUCAUGUGGACAGGCGCAAAAUAAGCCGAAAGAGCUUGCAGCGACAGAACCUGGCACGGGAGAUUCAAGGACGCUCUAUGACACGGCACCGCAGUUUCCUGUGCCAGCCCAGACAGCGCCAGUGCAACUACUGAUCCAUCUGCUGUUUACAUAAAAGCGGGCAUUAUCUCCACCCAAAUUCUUCCUCUUCUGUCUGUUGGGUUGGCAUCAACCUCUCUGGCUUCUACUCCCCUGUCUUUUAAAAUCAAAGCAAAUUCGUCUUUCCCCCCCCAGUUCCUUGGUUAUAAACACACCCCAGUACAGAAGGAAUGCUGGAAGCCCCUUGGCAAGGGUGCAGAGGACUUAACCACUUGAUUGGGAAAGACCUCUGAGCCCCUAGAAAAGAAGAAGUCAUCUGAUCACCCCGGAAUUUCUAUAGCUUCCAGACUGCCUUUGAAGAGUCAGCAUUGUACAGUACCUUGUAGUCUGCCCAUCUAAAUAUCCAGCGAUCCCCUUUUCUGGUUACCUGUACCCUUUACCUCCUGAGGGGCAGAGCUAAGACCGAGCUAGUUUUCUUUUUUUAAUAUAUUUGUUUUUAUUAUGGGUCUGGUUAGUUGCAUUGUUAAUUGUUACCAGGAAAAAGGUGCUAUGUACAUUUUUAACAGCUCCCCACUGAGCAAAACAGUGGUCAUUUCCCCCCAAAUGUCUUUUUUUUUCCCCUCUCUUUCUAAAUUCUCUGAAUUUCAGUAACCAGCAUGAUAUAGUGGGUGAACAAAAUGGUUGUACUCAUGCCAACUAUUUUGUGGUUGGAAACCACUGUGGAGCCUGUUAAGCUCGUCAGACCUUUUUUUAAUUUAGAGGGGCUUGCAAUGCUCCUUAUUAGCUGAACAGGGGACGCAGGUUGAAGAGGGCAGGCGGAAGUUGGCUGAAGGGUUAGUCAGGAGGGAAUGGAAUUCUGGGAAGAGAGGUAUAACAGGGUGUGGGGGUUUAAAUCAGUGAUGCAAAUAGGAAUCGGAGUAACAUGGGUGGGCAGGGUUGCUGUAAACAGUUUGACAUUGAUUUUAAAGGACAAAGAAAGGCAAUUUUCUAACCACCCAUCAGUUACACUUUAUUUUGGCCGUGCUGCCAUCUUUUCUGCGCUUGUACAAUGGGAGCUGCUGUACCUUUAAACUCUACGAAAUAUUACAUGGAAAAUACAUCCUGGUUGUUCAUUGGAUAUAUUUUCCCUUUAAUUAGAGACUAUUUUCAGUCAACACUUUUAUGCAUUCUAGAUGUUUUGGUUGCUAGUGGCAGGAUAUAAAGCGACUGAGAUUUAUAACUUUCAGACUAAUACAGCAGCCCUGUUUGGGGUUGGGAUUACUGGAGAUUUGUAUAGGAGCAUUGCAAGUCCCUUUAAAUCAUCAGGGAUAUGAGAGUGGUGGGCUACUGAAUAAUGCAAAGUGACUACCUACCAGAACAUGAAUCACUGAAUCUCUCUGCAAUGUAUUUUGACCUUCUGCCUGCAGACAGCCCUAGAAAUGUAUCCAACUGAAUGUGGCCCACCGGCCUGCACAUAAUCAGGAUAGGUUCUGUGCUGGAUUUAGUACAGUGUGAUCUCCUGACUGCAGAUUAUCCAGCUAACAUGAUUCUGUGAUUCAGUAUGGAAAAACCACUGAGAUUAUUAACCCUUCCCUACCUAACAAAGUGAAAUUCCACCAUAUUGAGAUGGCUGUAGCAGGCCAGUUUGCGUACAAGACAGAGAAGGCUGGGGUGCUAUAGCCAGAAAAUAUGCUUUGUAAGAGUUGUAUGUUAAGAUAAUGUGUUUUAAGUAUUUAUAUCGGGGUAUCCAUCUUUAGGCCCUCCAGCUGUAAUCAGGAGAUGCUGAGGUUUGCAGUAUCUGUGCUUCUGAAAUGCUUUGGCUGUCAUUGGCUGGUUGUAGCCAUAAAGGGCCAAAGCUAUGGUUGCUGAGGGCUGUAGAGUGGGCAUCCUUAGGACUAACACCUUCCCCUUUAAUAGAAGCCACAAAUGAAAUUUACAUGCUACAUGGCUGAUAAAUAUGCAUUUUCAUGGCUGCCUAAAAAUCAGUGCAAGCUACAGUAUUUAUAUUGCGGAUUUCAUCCAUGCACCAUGCAGAUUUUAUGUUGCAGGUAUUAAAGGGUGACCUGUCUAGUCACCCCUAGUCUUCUCACUUUUUACAUAGUUUGGGGGGUCCAGCCUUCCUGCUUUGCCUGGGGGCCCUUCUUAACAAAUUUCACCCUUACAUGUUUUUUUGGCAAAUGUAGAUGUCAUUUUCCUCUGCACAAUGUCCCAAGAAUUCCAGCCUUGCUUUACACAAGCUCUAGUAAUCCAACUUACCUGUAUAUAUCACGAAACUAAACGGUGCUUACAAUAGUAACUUUCAUUAACAGCGUGUAAAUAUUUUAAACACACUUUAAAAAAAAAAAGACAAAAAAGCAUGUGUGAACACUCUGAUGAUCGCAUUUCUGACGACUGGAGUUUAUUUUGUGCACGACAAGUGUGAUACUGUUAGUGGCUCUGCUGCUUUGUAGGUACAGGAUGAAUGGACUGUGGGAUUUUAUUUUUUUUUUAACCGUGAAUGCUUCAGAUUUGAAGUCUUUUUUUUUUUUUUCUUUUUUAAAGAGGUUUUAGUGCAUGCAUGGGAGAAUUCAAACACCAGUGUGGACUCAGGGACACUAUCUGAAAUUCUUUAAACACAAAAAAAUAGUUUGUUGUUUUUCUGUAGAUGCAUUUUAUUGUUAUUUUAAGCAAUUUUCAAUUAUGAAAUUGAUUUUUAUUAAGGAUUUGCUGGCUGUACUUGAUGUUAACCCUUUCAGCGACAGAUAUCUUGCCAGCCAGCUUCUGCCGCUGAGAGGGUUAUGCAACACAGGGGGGGUAAUUUACCAUUACUAGAUAAGAGUGUCUUACUGCCAUAACCCACAGCAACCAAUCACACAUUUGCUUUUAGUAUUCUGCCUGUAGCAGACUAAUAAUGUUUUGGAAUUUGUUGACCUGCACCGGCUCUAACCCAACCUGAGAAGGAGCUUUUUUAUACCCAUGGUGACCCACUCCCUAGGGUGACAUAAGAAAUUACAUCAGAGGGAGACGGGCUUAGCACCACACAGUUCUACCAAUGAACAGGUAUGGGGUAAUCGGCAGCAGUGAAAUGUCAAUUUAUUCUGCUCUGUGGUUGGUAAAAAGCAUCCCAUGCCCCAUAUUGAUGUGCCGUCUUUAUCCCAAACCCGUCCAACUUGAGGGCAUCAGGCCAGCCCCACAUCAUUAUAGCAGAUGGAUCAAAGCUAAUUCCUGAUUGGUUGCUUCUGGUUACUGCAGAGAGGCACUUUUGCCCAGUCUUAGUAAAAAAAAACCCCAGCGUAUUAUAGCGGGGGUGCAUAGUUAAUAUUUGCAGGAGAAUGUGACAAAAAUAAUAAACCUUUUUUUUUUUUUUAAAACAGCAAACCAUUUUAUUAUACCUUGCUUGGGCUGUUACCUCUUCCAGUGCCACAAAGCUCUGUAGCACUCUGGCACUUAAGUGGUUAAAAUAUAGUUUUGCACUAAAGAAUCACAGCCCCAUCCCUGCCUUUUCUUUGUUUGCUAUAAUAUUGCAUUAUAACAACAACUCUCUUGCUCAAAUUUACAACAGAUGCAAGUACAGAUUGUUGCUGCAGCCUGUAAUAGAUUCAAGGUGCCUGUUGGGAGAGAAGCAGGAUUUGGUGGAAGGUUA